CAUUUUUUUUUCUAUAAAUAUAACUUCUAUUUAAAACAUUUUUAACUUUACUAUAAUUGAAAUAAUAAGAGAUAUUUUUUACUCGUGUAUGCAUCUUGUUGAAGAAAAAGCAUUGUUGUUGGAGCCAACCGAUGACGAAGCGCCUAUUAUACAUACAUCGUGUUCGUUAUUCAACACUUUUGAAAAACAAUCAAAAUCAUCAUCUCCAUCAUCAAUCGGAAGAGCAGAAACAGCAGCUCCAUGUAUUCAAGAAAAGCAAUUACUGCAGCAAUUAUCAAAACAAAAUUUGCAAACGAAUCCUCAAUUGCAACAAAAUUUCACUGAAAAGUCAUUGCAACGGCAAAAACAAAAGCCGCCACAAUCUUCAAUACAAUAUCCAGAAAUUGUUGAAGAAACUGAAGGAGAGGAAGAAGAAGACGAACUUCAUAUUGACGACGAUUCUGAAUAUAAUCCAUCAGACGGAGACGUUGAAUACUUCAAUGAUCGAAAAACAACAAAUAAAGCCAAAAAUAACAACAAUAGUAAGAGCUACAAACAAAAAUCUGAUGAGAUUCAAAAAUCAUUUUAUGUACAAAGCCGUACAACAACAGGACCAGAAACAAAUUAUCAACAACAACAAAGAUUAUCAAGAUAUCAACAUCAAUUGUCAUUACCAAUAUCAGGUAAUCGACAAUCUAUUUCAAUACUUGGCCAUCCGUCAAAUCGUCGAAGACGUUCAAGUUUUAUUGAAGUUGAUUUUAAUUAUCAACAAGAACAAAGAUUUCUUGUCGAUAAUUUUAUUAAGGAAGCAACUAAAUUAUCUGGUGCAACAGCAGUUGAUCAUUUUAACGGUAACACUGAUAGAAAAAAUAAAUCAUUUCAUGAUAAAUAUUCUGGAUUCGCUAAAUCAUUUAAUAAUGAUGAAAACCAAAUUAUCUACUGUCCCACACUUGAUGUUAGUCUCCGUGCUCAAUUAAGUCCACGUGAUAUCGUAUUAAGACGUUGUCAACAAACUGAUCCAUUUGAUUUUUCAACACUUUAUUCUGAAUCUUCAUUACGUCAUUGUCGUAAAAUUGGUGAAGGUGUUUAUGGUGAAGUUUUUAUGAAUAAAAAUGAAAAUGGUGAAGUUAUUGUAUUGAAAAUAAUACCAAUUGAAGGACAAAUUGAAAUUAAUGGUGAAGUACAAAAGAAUUUUGAGCAAAUAUUACCUGAAAUAAUUAUCGCUGAAGAAUUAAGCCGACUUAGAAAUGAUAAAUUAUCUAUGACAAGUGGUUUCGUUGAAGUAAAAAAUGUUCAUUGUGUCCAGGGAUGUUAUCCAGAUCAUUUAAUUGAAUUGUGGGAAUUAUAUCGGGAUAAUCAUGGUACAGAAAACGAUCAUCCAGAAGUAUUUCCAGACGAUCAAUUGUAUAUUGUAUUAGAAUUAGCUAAUGCUGGAGAAGAUUUAGAAGCAUUUAAAUUUCAAAACGCUUUGCAAUCUUAUUCUGCAUUUUUACAGGUUGCUUUAAGUUUAGCAGUUGCUGAAGAAAAAUUUAAAUUUGAACACCGUGAUUUACAUUGGGGUAAUAUCUUACUACAGUCUACUGACCAAAAGGAAAUCCAUUUUAAACUAGACGGCAAAGAUUAUAAAAUACCAACACAUGGUGUUAAAGCAACAAUAAUCGAUUAUACGUUAUCGCGCAUGAUAUUUGAAGGCUGUUGCCUUUAUAACGAUUUAACAGCUGGUGAUUUGUUUUCAGCACAUGGUGAUUAUCAAUUCGAAAUAUAUCGUUUGAUGCAAAAACGUUUAGAUAACCAGUGGGAAAAUUAUGAACCCUAUACAAAUAUACUAUGGUUGCAUUAUACAAUUGAUAAAAUGAUAAGUGGUGCUAGAUACCGUUAUAGUAAAACUAAAAAACAUCGUUCAGCUAUACAAACAAUGAUGAAAUUGCGUGAUGAGCUUUUGAACUAUAAUAGUGCCUCAGAUUACGUUGAAUCAUUCGACGAUUAAAAUUUAUUAAUUAAAGCAUAUACAAACCAUAUAUUAUUAUUAUGACAUUAUAUAACGAUUUGAAAAGAACUUAUGUAACUAAAAAUUAAAAAAAAAAAAAUAAUUGAUUUCCUAUAUUAUAUCUAAUAAUUAAUGUCCUACAUUUAAAAUAACAUUUUAGAAUUUAUUUAAUACAUAUAUACAUAAAAACAAACAUACAUAUAUAUAUAUACAUAUUUAAAUCAUAUUUUUGAUUAAUUUUUCUCUCUAAUACAAAAAUUGAAGCGAAAGCAAAAAAAAUUUAUAAAGAGAAAUUAACAAUUAUUAUAAAUAACAAAUUCUAAUAACUCUUUAUUUAUUUUGUGUCUAAUUUUGAUAUUAUUAAUAUUUUAAAAUUUUCUUUCAAUUUUAUAAUAAUUUUCUAAGAUUUUCAAUAUUAUUUAUUUUUAUAGCGUAUAACUUUUGUUUUCUGUUUAAUACAAAAAAAAAAUAUCUUUUUUAAUUACUUUGCAAUAUUUUCUAUAUGAUUUUAAAAAAUCAUAUUAAAAACAAAUUAAAAAUAAUUUAAAUUGAAAAAUAUUAUUAAUUUGUGUGCAUAUAUAUAUAUAUAUUUUAUUUAAGCGUAUUAAAACAAUAUAAUUUUUGUGAAAUAAAAAAAAAACCAACUUUAUUUUGAAAAAUAUAUUUUCUAUUAAAUAUUAUUCCUUUCAAUACAAUUUAUAAAAGUUAUAAACUUUUACCAGUAAAUUUUUUGUAAUGCUUUCAUUUAUUUCUUAUAACUUCCACAAUAAAAAUAUUAAUCUAUUCAAUUUAAUUGCAUUUCUUUUUCAAACAACCUUUAAUUAUGGAUGAAAUUCAGUAUAGAAUUUUUCUAAAAUAUAUAAAAAAUAGAAAAAAUUACCUUAAAAAUUAUAAUAACAUUUCUAAUCACAAAAAUGAUAACCGUAGUAAAAAUAAUAAUGGAAAUGAAAGGGAAUAUGAUGUUUGUUAUUUGUGUCAAUUGAAUAGACUAAGUUCAAUUAAAAUUAAUGCUAAAGAAUUGAAAUUUAAUUAUAAUGGUAAAAGAUAUAAUAAAUAUAUAAAUGAUUGCUUGAAUUAUUACAAUAUCCGUAAAUUAUAUAAAGAAGUAUUGACAAAAAAUUUUUGCAUAAAAAAAAUCUAUAAAAAGAAUAUUGAUACUU